AUGGCAUCAUCAACAACAAACCCUUUGCUGUCUUCGAACUUCUUUGGUUCCCAAAUCUUGCUGUCUCCUCCUACUCCUAAAACAACCAAAUCCUCCUUAUCUUUACUUUUGCCCAAAAAUUUCCAGAAAAUAGUGAGCAAAAAGAAUUCGGAGUCUUUAAAAUCCCUUCAAUCACAAGCAACUAUAGCUACUGCCUUACUCUUCUCUUCUUUAACCCCUCAAGCCCUAGCCGUUGACAACCCAACACCACCGCCUACUCCUCCUCCAGUUAUUGAAGCCCAGCCCACAAAACCAUCCAAUCCUUUCGCUCAAAAUCUUCUCUUAACAGCCCCAAAACCCCAGGAUCGGUCAACCUCUGACCUCCCUGAAAGUAGCCAAUGGCGAUACAGCGAGUUUCUAAGUGCAGUCAAGAAAGGGAAAGUGGAAAGAGUUCGCUUCAGCAAAGACGGUUCUGCCCUCCAACUCACCGCCGUAGAUGGCCGUCGUGCCUCCGUUAUUGUCCCCAACGACCCUGACUUAAUCGACAUUUUGGCGAUGAACGGCGUUGAUAUUUCGGUUUCCGAGGGAGAUUCCGGUAAUGGGCUUUUUAAUAUUAUUGGAAAUCUUUUGUUUCCGUUUCUUGCUUUUGCUGGUUUGUUUCUCUUGUUUCGAAGGGCUCAAGGUGGGCCGGGUGGGCCCGGUGGGUUAGGUGGGCCAAUGGAUUUUGGCCGGUCGAAAUCGAAGUUUCAGGAAGUGCCGGAAACCGGUGUGACGUUUUCUGACGUGGCCGGAGCUGAUCAAGCUAAACUGGAGUUACAAGAGGUUGUUGAUUUCUUGAAAAAUCCUGAUAAGUAUACAGCUUUAGGAGCUAAAAUUCCUAAAGGGUGUUUAUUAGUUGGUCCCCCAGGGACUGGGAAGACGUUGUUGGCUAGAGCUGUGGCAGGAGAGGCAGGGGUGCCCUUCUUUUCUUGUGCUGCCUCGGAGUUUGUUGAGUUGUUUGUUGGAGUGGGAGCGUCAAGAGUGAGAGAUUUGUUUGAGAAAGCGAAGUCGAAAGCACCCUGCAUUGUAUUUAUUGAUGAGAUUGAUGCGGUUGGGAGACAGAGAGGGGCUGGGCUUGGAGGUGGGAAUGAUGAGAGAGAGCAGACAAUUAAUCAGUUGUUGACUGAAAUGGAUGGGUUUUCUGGUAAUUCGGGUGUUAUUGUGUUGGCUGCUACCAAUAGACCUGAUGUUCUUGAUUCGGCUUUGUUGCGACCAGGAAGGUUUGAUAGACAGGUUACGGUAGAUAGGCCUGAUGUUGCCGGUAGAGUCAAGAUUCUUCAGGUGCAUUCUAGAGGAAAGGCACUUGCAAAGGAUGUGGACUUUGAAAAGAUUGCACGGAGGACCCCAGGAUUUACCGGAGCUGAUUUGCAGAACCUGAUGAAUGAAGCAGCCAUUCUUGCAGCUAGGCGUGACCUCAAGGAAAUAAGCAAAGAUGAAAUCUCUGAUGCUCUGGAGAGGAUCAUUGCAGGCCCGGAGAAGAAAAAUGCUGUUGUCUCAGAAGAAAAGAAGAAAUUAGUUGCCUAUCAUGAGGCUGGGCAUGCUUUGGUUGGUGCACUUAUGCCUGAAUAUGAUCCUGUAGCCAAGAUUUCCAUCAUUCCCCGUGGCCAAGCUGGUGGUCUAACAUUUUUUGCUCCAAGUGAGGAAAGGCUCGAGUCUGGAUUGUACAGUAGAAGCUACCUGGAGAAUCAGAUGGCUGUUGCACUUGGUGGAAGGGUUGCCGAGGAAGUAAUUUUUGGUCAAGACAAUGUGACUACAGGAGCAUCCAACGAUUUCAUGCAAGUUUCACGUGUAGCAAGGCAGAUGGUCGAGAGAUUUGGGUUCAGCAAAAAGAUUGGACAGAUUGCCAUCGGCGGACCUGGUGGAAAUCCUUUCUUGGGACAACAGAUGUCACCCCAGAAAGACUACUCCAUGGCGACUGCUGAUGUAGUGGAUGCAGAGGUAAGAGAGUUGGUGGAGUCAGCUUAUUCAAGGGCCAAGGAAAUCAUCACAACUCACGUUGACAUCCUCCACAAGCUAGCUCAACUUCUGAUAGAAAAAGAAACUGUUGAUGGAGAAGAGUUCAUGAGCCUCUUCAUCGAUGGAAAGGCUGAACUAUAUGUUUCCUGA